AUGAUGGAACCCUCUGAAGACUCAUUUGAGACGAUGAUGGAGCGUAAGAAUCCAUCAUCAAAACAAAUGGAGUCCUCCGAGGGCUCACCCAACAGCGCCGGGCAGGCGGCGGGCCGCGGAGCGCAGGCGGAGGGGGCGGCGGCGGGCGCCGCCCAGGCCGGGGAAGAGCUGCCCACUGACCUCCUCCAAGACAUGGAGGGGCCAUCCAGUGGCCCGCAUACGGAAAUUAAGGACCCACCCAAUGACCUACUCCAAGACCUGGAGGAGUCACGCAACGCUUCCCAGCAGGGGGCAGCGGGGGGUCCGCUGGGCGGGGCGCCUGAGGAGGAAGAAGAGGCCGAGGUUAACGCGUGGGACGCCCCGGACGACGACGACAGCACUGACCUGGCCGAGUCGGGGGCCGAAGGGGCCGAAGGAGGGGCCGAAGGAGGGGCCGAAGGAGGGGCCGCGGGGCCCGGUGGCGCGCAGGCGGCCGCGGGCGACACCACGUCGGAGUUCCUGGGCCUGGUGCGCACCCUCAUCUCGCUCUACUUCCGCAUGCAGGACCUGCGGGAGCAGCAGAGGGUGGCCGAAGACAUCCUGCUGCGGGCUGUCACCGCCGGCCACAUGCCCGGCCCGCCGCAGUUCUCGGGCGACCGCCGCGAGUACCGGGAGUUCAUCGUGCUGUGCCAGCUCGUCCUGCAGAGCUGCCCGCGCAUGUUCUGUGACGACCAGCUGCGCGUGGCCUACAUCGUGGGCCACCUGUCGGGCAUGGCCCGCGAGUGGGCGCAGGCCCUGAUGCAGCGCGAGAGCCCGCUGGCCGGCGACUUCCCGGCCUUCCUGGAGGCCAUGUCCGAGGUGUUCGAGUACCGGCAGACCGUGCGCAUCGCCGAGGACGCCAUGUUCAACCUGCGCCAGGGGGACCGCGCCGCCAUCGAGUACAUCACCGAGUUCCGCGGGCUGGUGCCCACCCUGGGCUGGGCCGACGAGGUCCUGCAGGCCCACCUGUGCCAGGGCCUCAAGGAGGAGAUCCGCCACUACCUGUUCCGCGUCCCGCAGCCCGACUCGCUGGACAGCCUCAUCGUGCUCGUCCUGCAGAUCGAGGAGAAGCUGGCCGAGCGCCGGGCCGUGCUGCGGCUGCCCCCCGAGAGCCGCCCCCGCAACCUGACCUGGAUCGACUCACCUGCGCCCGAGCGCUGGAUGGUCAGCAGCUGGCUGCCCUCCGAGGUGCACCCCGCCAUCAACCGCAACCACCUCUUCCUGCUGCUCCUGGUGCGGGUCAACCCCUACCACAGCGUGGCCGUGCGGGCGCUGGUGGACUCGGGCGCCACCAGCAACUACAUGGACGAGAGGUUCGCCCAGGAGCACUACGUGGAGCUGUACGAGAAGACCUACCCGCACCCGGUGCAGACCAUGGACGGCUCCCUCAUCGGCAGCGAGCCCGUGUGGCUCUACACCGAGCCCCUGGUGUGCAUCCACCAGAACCACCAGGAGUCGCUGGAGUUCGACAUCGUGCCCUCGCCCAACUUCUCGGUCAUCCUGGGCAUCAAGUGGCUCCAAGUGCACACCCCGGAAGUCGACUGGAACCGCGGCCGCUGCACCUUCCACUCGCCCUACUGCCUGAGCCACUGCCUCCGCCCGCCGCCCCCAUGCGUGGCCCUGGAGAGACAUGCAGUGAGCCUGCUGCCCGGCCUGCCGCCCCUCUACUCCGACCUGGCCGACGUGUUUAACCCGAAGGAAGCAGAUGAUGAGACAUCCGACCAGCCAAGCUCAGACGGAUCCGAUGAUCUUUCUGAAUCAGAGCCCUCUGAGCUUCAGCAGGCUGGAGACAGUGAUCACAGCGAGACGUUCUACGAGUGCUCGCCCUCCGCGUCGUGGGAGCCUGCGGGUGCCGGGGUGCAAGAGAGCGCCAAGCCCGCGGGGGACGAGCCCUGGGACCCCCGCGACAUGCUGGACAACACGCAGGACGACAUACAGAUGAUCCCGCAGCUCUUCGAGCCGCUGCACGGGGCCACGUGGUUCAGCAAGCUGGAGCUGCGGGGCACCAUCGUGGAGGAGGGGGCCAGCAUCACCCAUGUGGAGGACGUGUGGCGGGCGGCCUUCGGCCUGCAGGACGUGGACGCGAGCGGCUACCGGCCCUUCGCCGUCUGCGCGGACCCCAUCAUCCGGCAGCGGGUGGUGCACUUCAUCCUCAGGGACAUGCUGGGCUACUUUGUGCUCUCCUACGGCCGGGACGUGCUCGUCUACUCCAUGAGCCAGGAGGAGCACUUCCAGCACGUGCGCCAGGUCCUGCUGCGGCUCCGCCGGCACCGCGUCUACUGCUCCCUGGACCGCACCCAGUUCCACCGCCACACCGUGGAGUUCCUGGGCUUCGUCAUCAACCCCAAGGGCGUGCGGCUCAACAAGAGCAUCGUCAACACCGUCACCGGCUACCCCAUCCCGGGCUCCAAGCGCUCCCUGCGCCACCUCAUCCAGUUCGUCUUCCCCUACCGCCACUUCGUGGAGCGCUUCGCGGGGCUGGCCGAGCCCAUGGUGCGCCAGCUGCUCAGCGACCUGCCCUUCCGCUGGGGCGACGAGGAGCAGGAGGCCUUCGAGGGCCUGAAGCGCGCCUUCCGCAAGGCGCCCCUGCUGCACCACCCCCGGCCCCAGCGCACCUUCUACUUGGACACGGGCGUGACGCGCGCGGCCCUGCACGCCGCCCUCGUCCAGGUGGACGAGCAGACGGGCAAGCGCGUGUGCUGCGCCUUCUACUCCCGCCACCUGGCCCCGCUCGAGCGCCGCUACUCCCCGCUGGAGGCGAGGCUCCUCCCCGUCCGGGCCGCCUUCAUGGUGUGGCACCGCGUCCUGGAGAACACCGAGGAGCCCAUCAUGAUCCUUCUCAACACAGAGGAUCUAGCCUCUCUGAAUAAUGACAGGCUCACCGUACUUCUCCCGGGGCAAUGGGCCUGCUUCUUCUCCCGCUUCCACUUCGACGUCAUGGAGCGGCCCGAGGGCGAGGACGGCCGCCCGCUGCCCCCGGGCCGGCGCCGCCGGGGCGAGCCGCGGGACCGGGACGCGCGGCAGGAGUACCUGGCCCGCAUCCCGGUCGAGCAGAUCCUGGCCGACUUCCUGACCCACUUCGGCGUGGCCCAGAUCCGCGCCGUCCUCCUGCACUUCUUCCGGGGCCUCCUGUUCUGGAAGAACGCCUUGGCCGUGGCCGCCCUGCUGGUGAUGCUGCGCCGGCCCCGGCCGCGGGCGCUGCCCCCCGCGCCCACGCCCGCGGAGGCGGCCCGCGCGGGCGCCCUGGCGCGCCGCCGCUCCCUGCGCUCCCUGCUGGACGCCGACCCGCUGACCGGCCGCCGCCUCGCCGCGGCCAUCGGCCGGCUGCUGGCGCGGCUGCCCCCGCUGGUGGGCGUCCACACGGUGCCCGCCCAGGAGCUGGCCGAGCUGGUGCUGGGCCCCGGGCCCUGGCAGCGCCGCGCGCUGCGGCCCCAGCCCGCCCGGGGGCUGCGCUUCACCCCCGGCUUCUGGCUCCUCCUCUGCGAGCUCUUCGGGGUCAGGCUGACCCCCGCCGAGGACCCCCUCCUCGGCGCCCUGCCCCCCGCGCUGCACGCCGGGGACGACGACGAAGGCGUCUCGCGAGCGGCCCUGCACGGCGCCCUGCAACGUUGCCGCCAGGCGGGCUUGCACGACGGCCUGCAAGACACCUCGCAGGACGCGCGGGGAGCCGGCGACGUGCAGCGGGGCCACCUCCUCCUCGUCCUCCCCGCGCCCCGGCGGGCCGCCGCCGCCCUCCUGCGCCUCCUGCGCGCCCGGCUGGACGAGCUGCCCGAGCUGCCCGAGCUGCCCGAGGCCGAGGACGCUGACCACGCCGGCCGCUGA